AUACCCGGUUUUCUAUAAUAAAAACUUGAAUAUGAUAUCAUUCUUAAUUUAUUUAUUUUUACCAUUCCAGGUCCCAGCAUUUGCUGCCUUCCGUGGGCACUAAUAAUCCCACUUUACCCUCCUUCUCUCUCACUCUAAACUCUUUGGAUCCUAUUCCUUUUUAUUUAUCUAUUUAUUUAUUGUACUUCACUGAACAUGUAUUCCUAUAUAUAAAGGAGUUUAAUUAAGUAUUGUGAUACAUACAUAGCCCGGUAGAGAGAAUAAAAGCUACCUUUUUAUCUCCUGUUUGCGUUGGGGUGUGUUGUUUGUUUUCUCCUUCUUCCUUGGCUAGUUUCUUCUGCUCUCUUUCUUCUUCAUCAUCUUCAUCUGCCUCGCUUAACGAGCUUCUUUAUUUUAGUUAAUUUGGUUGAAAGACAUGUCGAGCUGCGUCGAUGCUGGUCCUGAGCAACUCUGCUACAUCCCUUGCAACUUUUGCAAUAUAGUUCUUGCGGUCAGUGUUCCUUGCAACAGCUUGUUUGACAUCGUCACAGUCCGAUGCGGACACUGCACCAAUCUAUGGUCCGUGAAUAUGGCUGCUGCGUUUCAGUCACUGUCAUGGCAAGAUGUUCAGGCCCCAAACUACACGCCGGAUUACAGAGUUGACUUGGGCUCCUCCUCCAAAUGCAACAACAUGAUAUCACUGCGACCACCAACUCAUAAUGUGCCUGAUGAAAGGGUUGUGAAUCGACCUCCCGAGAAGAGGCAGCGAGUACCUUCUGCAUAUAACCAGUUCAUAAAAGAGGAGAUUCAGAGGAUCAAGGCAAAUAAUCCAGAUAUCAGCCACAGGGAAGCAUUCAGUACCGCUGCAAAGAAUUGGGCACACUUCCCUCAUAUCCAUUUUGGAUUGAUGCUGGAGACCAACAACAAGGCUAAGCUGGAUGAUGCUUCUGAUAAGCGUCUCAUGUCAAGGGCAGCACUCCUGAAUAAAUGAUGGACGUUUUUGAGUUUUCAGGACUACUCCAAUGAAGUCUGAGCUCAGGAAGUAAAGAAAGACGAUUGAAACUCAAAUGUGUUCUAAGUGACAAGAAUCUGUAUUCUUCUUCAAUGUUUAAUUGUCUCAAGUACGUUGUUUAAUUAUUUAAUUAGGUCAUGUUAUUUGCUGGUUUCCAAGUAACUCAGCUACUUUCGUUGGCUGUCUUUGUCAAUCAAUGACUUUUCAAUCGAAGAUAUUGAGACUAAAAAUAAAUUUCAAAA